AUCAGCUGUCAAAGUGUGCUGAAAAAGCCAAAACAUUCAGUUUUACCUGAUACUUGGUGCGUGAUUUCGUGGCAUAUUUUCCUGUAAAGUUUGUGAAUUCAGUGAUAUUAUUUAGCUAGAAUCCUCAACAAUGGUAGAUGAAGGUACUAGGAAAACGUUGAGCAGCAUUCCACUCCUGCAAACGAAAGCAGGCCCCCGCGAUAAGGACCUUUGGGUUCAACGACUGAAGGAGGAAUACCAAGCACUGAUCAAGUAUGUGCAAAACAACAAAUCGUCCGAUUCGGAUUGGUUCCGGCUCGAAUCGAACAAGGAGGGUACCAAGUGGUUCGGCAAGUGUUGGUACGUUCACAACCUGCUCAAGUACGAAUUCGAUGUGGAGUUUGACAUUCCAGUGACAUACCCAGCGACGGCGCCGGAAAUUGCCCUGCCCGAGCUGGAUGGCAAAACGGCCAAGAUGUACCGCGGUGGCAAGAUCUGCCUAACGGACCAUUUUAAACCGCUGUGGUCACGAAAUGUGCCCAAAUUUGGCAUAGCGCACGCGAUGGCCCUUGGGCUCGCGCCUUGGUUAGCUGUUGAAAUUCCGGAUUUGAUAGAGAAGGGAGUCGUUGCUUACAAGGAAAAAGGAGAAACAUCCAGUUAAAUCGUAUUUAGUUUACAAUGCUGUAUUGAUUUUUUUUUGUUAAUGAAUUUUGUAUUCGAAAAAAGUUCGAUUUUAUAGCUUAAGGCAGAA